GGCCCGUUCAGCUUCCGUGGAGCCGUCGGCAGCCGCUGCCAGGCCUUUCCUUGAUCCCUGAAUCCCCUACUCGGUCGUCUAGAACAAUCCCGGGCUCACUUCCUCUAUCAACAACCCAACCCCACUUCCGGCUUUCGCGCCCUCUUAUCGCGAUAGCGCCCGGACUCGGGGCGCGAGGAAAGAGGAAAAAAAAAAAAAGGCGGCGGGCGGGCGCUCGCCUCUCUCUCCCCCCUCCUCGCCUGUCGCGAUACGCUCCGCAGCGGCGGCGCCAGCUCCUGCGCGUCCGUUUCUAAGAGAGUAUGAAGAGAGUGCGUCUGUAGGGCAGGGAAGAUGGCGGACAAGCGCAAACUCCAAGGUGAGAUUGAUCGCUGCCUCAAGAAGGUGUCCGAAGGUGUGGAGCAGUUUGAAGAUAUUUGGCAAAAGCUCCACAAUGCAGCCAACGCGAACCAGAAAGAAAAGUAUGAGGCUGACCUAAAGAAGGAGAUUAAGAAGCUACAACGGCUGAGGGACCAGAUCAAGACAUGGGUAGCAUCCAAUGAGAUCAAGGACAAAAGGCAGCUUAUCGAAAACCGCAAGCUCAUUGAAACGCAAAUGGAACGGUUCAAAGUUGUGGAACGAGAGACCAAAACCAAAGCCUAUAGCAAGGAGGGUCUCGGUCUGGCUCAGAAGGUGGACCCUGCCCAGAAGGAGAAGGAAGAGGUUGGCCAGUGGCUCACGAACACCAUUGACACCUUAAAUAUGCAGGUGGACCAGUUUGAGAGUGAGGUGGAGUCACUGUCAGUACAGACGCGCAAGAAGAAAGGCGAUAAGGAUAAGCAGGACCGGAUUGAGGGCUUGAAGCGGCACAUCGAGAAGCACCGCUACCAUGUACGUAUGCUGGAGACCAUCCUGCGCAUGCUGGACAAUGACUCCAUCCUGGUUGAUGCCAUCCGCAAGAUCAAGGAUGAUGUAGAGUACUACGUUGACUCAUCCCAGGACCCCGACUUUGAAGAGAAUGAGUUCCUCUAUGACGACCUGGACCUCGAGGACAUUCCACAGGCGCUGGUCGCCACCUCCCCCCCCAGCCACAGCCACAUGGAGGACGAGAUCUUCAACCAGUCUAGCAGUACACCCACCUCAACAACCUCCAGCUCUCCCAUCCCACCCAGCCCAGCUAACUGCACUACGGAAAACUCUGAAGAUGAUAAGAAGAGAGGCCGCUCUACAGAUAGUGAAGUCAGCCAGUCUCCAGCCAAAAAUGGCUCCAAGCCUGUCCACAGCAACCAGCACCCCCAGUCCCCAGCUGUGCCGCCCACCUACCCCUCUGGCCCCCCACCUGCCACUUCUGCCUUGAGCUCCACCCCUGGCAACAAUGGGGCCUCUACCCCAGCAGCACCUCCAAGUGCCCUGGGCCCUAAGGCCAGUCCAGCUCCCAGCCACAACUCGGGUACUCCUGCCCCCUAUGCCCAGGCUGUGGCCCCACCCAAUGCCAGCGGGCCCAGCAAUGCCCAGCCCCGGCCCCCCAGUGCCCAGCCAAGCGGGGGAAGUGGUGGUGGCAGCGGAGGGAGCAGCAGCAAUAGUAACAGUGGCACAGGCGGAGGGGCUGGCAAGCAGAACGGUGCCACCAGCUAUAGUUCGGUUGUGGCAGACAGCCCUGCAGAGGUGGCCCUGAGUAGCAGUGGGGGCAGCAGUGCCAGCAGCCAAGCCCUGGGGCCCACAUCGGGCCCUCAUAACCCAGCUCCCAGCACCUUAAAGGAAUCCAGUACAGCAGCCCCAUCCGGGGCUGGGAGUGUGGCUUCAGGCUCAGGGAACAACUCAGGGGGACCCAGCCUCUUGGUGCCACUGCCUGUAAAUCCCCCCAGUUCUCCAACGCCCAGCUUCAGUGAAGCCAAGGCAGCUGGCACUCUUCUUAAUGGUCCCCCACAGUUUAGCACCACCCCAGAAAUCAAGGCCCCUGAACCUCUGAGCUCUCUGAAAUCCAUGGCAGAACGGGCAGCUAUCAGCUCUGGUAUUGAGGACCCUGUGCCAACGUUACACCUAACUGAUAGAGACAUCAUCCUGAGCAGCACAUCAGCACCACCCACCUCAUCCCAGCCACCCCUGCAGCUAUCAGAGGUGAACAUACCAUUGUCACUGGGCGUCUGUCCAUUGGGGCCAGUGUCCCUCACCAAGGAGCAGCUAUACCAACAGGCCAUGGAAGAGGCCGCCUGGCACCACAUGCCCCACCCCUCUGACUCCGAGCGCAUUCGGCAGUACCUUCCCCGGAACCCUUGCCCGACACCCCCCUACCACCACCAGAUGCCACCCCCGCACUCGGACACUGUGGAGUUCUACCAGCGCCUGUCAACUGAGACGCUCUUCUUCAUCUUCUACUAUCUGGAGGGAACCAAGGCACAGUACUUGGCAGCCAAGGCCCUAAAGAAGCAGUCCUGGCGAUUCCACACCAAGUAUAUGAUGUGGUUUCAGAGGCAUGAGGAGCCCAAGACCAUCACAGAUGAGUUUGAGCAGGGCACCUACAUCUACUUUGACUACGAGAAGUGGGGCCAGCGGAAGAAGGAAGGCUUCACCUUUGAGUAUCGCUACCUGGAGGACCGGGACCUCCAGUGACACCGGCCCCCUUUACCCUCCCCCUCCCCCGCAUGCUGAUCCCCCUGCCCAGGUGAGGGCCCUGCCCUGGAAGACUGGGGGAGGCCCAAGGCCAUGGGACACCCUCCCGCCCCAGGAAGCAGAGAAGGGAUAGGGAAGUUUUCUCUUCCUCUCUGCCCUACCCUGGGGGCCUGGGGGCAAGGGCUGCCCCCUCCUCCCCUCCCCAGUGAGGGACAUUUUUUGGUAAACCUAUUUUCAUUUUGGAAAAUAUUUAUGAAUAAAUAGUUUUAUAUGACGGCUGGCA